CUGUUUUCCCUGAAGAAGCAAACUCUUGCUUCCUCACCACAUUUUUUCAAACUUCGUUUUUGUGUCUUCUCUUGUGAAAUUUCUGCUUCCUGAGUUAGAGCCUCUGCAACUGAAAUAGUUAUUUGUGUAGGCCUAGCAUGGAAAACAACCUUUGCCGUGAAACACAAGGGCGUGGCUUGCCUAAAGUUCCAUCACUAGUUCAACAUAUAUCAAACGUGAAAAAAAGCUCCUCUUUCAAAGAAAGUGAAAAAAAAGGCCAAGGUGAUGAACAGGAACAUUCAGUAUCUAUCAAUAUGCCAUCAAAUUGUGAAGAGGUUCGGCUACAUGAUACCGUGAGAGUUUCCUACAGUGGUGAAACUGAUCUUAAUAGCAAUGGGGCUCCCAUUUUCUCUUCUGAAUCCAAGCCACGAAUGCCAUCACAAUCAAUGCCAAAUGGCAGCCUGCAACCGGAGGCAGCAAGCUCAGAGAAUUUUACAAAUCAUGAAAGCAUCAAAAGGUUGAACGAUAGGAGAACUAAGUUUUUCAAAACAUGGUACGGUAAACUUGAGGCGAAAUUAUCAAUUCUGCAUGGAAGGGUACAUACACAAAGUGUAGAAGACGAUAACAACUUAAGCAACACUGAGAACCCUUUACCUGUUGAUUUGUUCGUGAAAGCAUUGGAAGAUCCACAUUUACAAACUCCUAAGAAGUCUUCAGAAGAGAUGGUGCAUCCUCAGGACAAGCAGUGGCCAUUCCUUCUUCGGUUUCCGAUUUCAUCUUUUGGUAUUUGUCUAGGAGUUAGCAGUCAAGCAAUUCUAUGGAAAGCAUUGGCCACGUCACCUUCCACCGAAUUUCUUCACAUAACUCCGAAAAUAAAUUUCGUGCUGUGGCUUAUCUCUGUUGCUGUUGUUGCUACUAUUUUCGCCAUGUAUCUGUUCAAAAUAAUUCUCUAUUUUGAAGCAGUUCGGCGCGAGUACCAUCAUGCAGUUCGUGUUAACUUCUUCUUUGCCCCAUGGAUAUCCCUCUUGUUCUUAGGUCUUGGAGUUCCUUCAUCGUUUGCAAAAGAAUUGCAUCAUGCGGUUUGGUACAUUCUAAUGAUUCCACUGUUCUUCCUUAUGCUAAAAAUAUAUGGACAGUGGAUGUUUGGGGGCAAAAGGAAGCUCUCAAAGGUUGCCAAUCCGACAAAUAUGCUAGCAAUUGUUGGAAAUUUUGUGGGAGCCUUAUUGGGUGCAUCUAUGGGCCUAAGAGAAGGACCUAUUUUUUUCUUGACACUUGGACUUGCACACUAUAUGGUGAUAUUUGUAACUCUCUCACAGAUGCUUCCAACAAAUAAGACCAUCCCCAGGGACCUCCAUCCAGUGUUCUUUCUUUUGGUUGCACCACCUAGUGUUGCUUCUUUGGCAUUGGCCAAGAUUCAGGGUUCUUUUCAUUUGGAAUCACGGAUUUUCUAUUUCACUUCCAUGUUCCUAUAUCUCACGCUGGCUGUUCGGGUCAAUCUUUUCAGAGGACUCAAAUUCUCAAUCUCAUGGUGGGCCUACACUUUUCCAAUGACUGCUGCUGCAAUUGCUACCAUAAACUACACAAAUCAAGUCACAAACGUUGUAACUCAAGCUUUGAGUGUAAUAUUGAGUCUCAUUUCUACAUUCGUAGUAACAACAGUGCUUGUCUCGACUGUUGUGCAUGCCUUUGUCCUCCGAGACCUCUUUCCCAAUGACCUUGCCAUUGCCACAAGUGAGAGAAAGCAAAAAACUCAUAAGAAACGCUUCCCUUUAGGAUUUGGAAGCCACGGACAUGCCAAAAAGACUGAAAAUUACUUGAAGUUUGUGAACUCAGAUAAAAAUGAUUUAGUUUAGAAGCUUCUUUGACAACAACAUACUCCAAUAUUUCAAGGAAUUCAUCAUCUGCGUGAGUAUUUAGAUCUCUCAAACGAGACAACCAACAUCUUUACCUUUGAUGGUGAGACAUGUGAGGGACAUGAGUGAAAGUUUUAGAUUUUUCUUGACUAGUCCCUGACACUGUAGUAAAUGCUGAUUAUUUUAGCUACUAUGAAAUUUUCACUUUGGUCCUUGAGUUUACAAAUGUUAGAACUUCUUUUGUGCGACUAAAAUGAGUAACGUUUUGCAAAGUCAGAAUCUAAAGGAGAAUUCUGUAAAGUUUAAGACUAUAAAAUAAUGGUUUCA